AUGCGGCGUAGGAAGAGACCAGAUAACAGCAUCUGGACGAGGCACGAAGGCAGAAUCCUUCUACCUCUGUUGGACAGUCGUCCGGGACCUCCUUGGACAUCAGCAUUACGCCGUCUUUGAUCUCAGCUUCUCGAAAUUCGGGAACCGAGAAGAACAUCGGCAACCGAGAUCGAGAGUGACAAGUCUCUAAGAAAGCAACUUCAAAAUUCGACAUUAUCUCCACAUAUUGUCCUCAAGAUGCCUUGGCCAUACCACCUCUUGGAUCUCACGGAGACUGAAAAACACCAACGUCGUCUCCUUCUGGAUAGAUAUGCUGUCUAUGCACAGCUUUCCGCCCUCAUCCCCAUUGCUGCGUAUCAACUUUACCGACUAGGUGCUUGGGUAUAUGCAGAAAAUCAGAAAGCCAAAGUCAGGUACUCAGCUAUUCCAAGUUCGCCAGCUGUCAGACGGGACAGAGCUUCCAAAACAGGGACUGUGGUGAGAAAAUGGAGAGCUCUGGUUUGGUGGCUUGAGGGAGAGAUUGCUCCGACUUGGGGCUUGAGAAUUCAUUGGGUUGCCGGAGUAUCUUGGAUGGCUUGGUUGCUAUUCUUGUGCAUUCAUCAGACUGGCCAUGACUAUCUUCAUAUUACCAAGCGAUUUGGAGCCAUUGCAGCAUCACAAUUUCCUCUCCACUACAUGCUGUCCAUGAAGUCUCUGUACUCGCCUCUCAAUCUUGCUUUCGGAAGCUCACACGAACAACUGAACCCUUGGCAUAGACUGUCCGGGAGGAUUAUCUACGGCCUCUUAUUUCUUCAUGCCACGUGGUACCUGAAUUUCUUUGUCCUAGCUGGAGUCCUCGCCGUACGUCUUGUAGCUCCAGUUGUGAUCAUUGGAUAUGUCGCCUUCUUUCUCAUAAACAUCCUCUUCAGCACAAGUCUAGAAAAGAUCCGACAUUGGAGCUACCGGGUAUUCUUUGUAAUUCAUCUAGUUGUUGGCAUGGUCCUUCCUCCGUUACUUUUCUUUCACGCGAGACCACUACGAAUAUAUAUGACCGAAGCUCUUGCUUUGUUCAUCUUCGACAUUAUCUGCAGAAAGCUAGAUACCAUCACGGGUUAUGCGACCAUCACCCCAGUUCCUCAUACGAAGCUCAUUAAGCUACGACUUCCUGUACCGACAUCCAAAAUCCAGCGCUUCCGGGAUGCACCAGGCCAACAUGUUUAUCUCCAGGUCCCGCCCGAGAGCACUCCACCACAUACCUCUUCACCAUCUAUUCACGAUCUACUCUUCAAUCCUUUCACAGUUGCCUCCGUCUCAAAUACUGAGGUGACUCUCGUCCUUCGCACACUGAAGGGACCCACCACCACGACCUUAGAAUAUCUAUCACAUCUAUCCAAAGCUCACCCACCAAUAAACAUCGAAGGCCCCAUUGGCUCAUCUCGACAUUUCCCAAACCUCGCCGCAGACUACGACCGCAUAUUGCUAGUAGCAGGUGGAGUAGGCUCGACGUUCAUCCUACCCAUCUAUCUACACGUCCGUGAUCAACUUAUCAUUGAAGGCAAGAGUUCUGAUCGUGUGACUAUGAUAUGGUCCAUGCGUUCCUCUUCCGAAGCUUUAUGGGCUAUCGAUUCUUCGUCAGCUUCUGAGACGGAAGAAGGUGGCUCGAUUCAAGAUGACGAGAAUGUACAGAUCUUUGUCACGGGUCACGAUAGUCAUCACGGGCAUAACGCACCCGAACCUUCAGAUGGCAGUGUGGAGAUGAGUGAGAUGGCGCGGAAAGGAGAUGAGUCUGGUGUUAGGAUUACUGGGAGGGACAGGCCGGACUUGAGAAGAAUUGUAGGGAAUGUUUUUAGGAAAGGCGAGGGCGAGAGAGUUGCCGUCUUGGUUUGUGGACCUGCUGCUAUGGCAAGGGAAUUGAGGCGUGACGUUGGGAGAUGGGUGGGGAGAGGUAGAGAGGUUUGGUUUCAUAAUGAGAGCUUCGGGUAGAUAGGAGGGUCUUGGAGACCUUCACGGAAAGCCUGCAGUUGAUUAUAAAUUUCCGCACUCAGAAUCAAAAUAGAAACCAAGUCAAAGUGAUUAGCUUCCCUAUUAGAAUUAUAGUUGGUCAACAAAGUCUAGCUUGCAACUUGAAUAGGACACUUGAGCAAG